GCACAGUGUGGGAGCGAGUCCAGAGAGUCAGGAGGAGGGAGACUGAUAGAGGCUGCGUCGCGCCACCGUCCACCACAGCGUCUCUGCACCCCCAGCGCUGGUCUUGCGUCCGUCCUGCCGGUCUGCCUGUCGUCACCGAGCGGAGGUCUGAUGCUCUGACAGCAUGCUGCUGCUCAUAUCACUGCUGCUGAUGGGACUGGACUGCUUGCUGGCUGCCCCGGCAGGUAGAGAGGUCUACAGGAUGCCCCAGAGCUCACUGAAAGCUCUGUCUGAUCGUGGCACCGUGGUCCUGGAAGCUGCCAUGACCAGCGCCCUGUCCUCUCUUGAGCGUGCGUCUUCAGAGCGAAGCCGGGCUGAAGCUGGCUGCAGAGGGUGUGUUCCCUGCCUGUUUCAGAACUGUGGACAGCUGUCGGGCUCCUGCUCCUCUCCGUCGUCGGCCCAGGCGGAGCCCGGCUGCGACGUCAUCUCGAAGGCUCAGAAGCUUGAAGGCGAGGCGGAGCGGAGCUGGGCUCUGAGUCAGGCCUGCGCCUUCUACCAGCACCGCUGCCCAGCAGGUGAGCUGGACACGGAGAGCUGCAUCAGGAUCAUGGGGGAGAGCUGCAGCGCUCGGGUCCUCCAGUGCAGCCUGCUCAGCACAAUGCAGAACCUGGAGCCCACCAUGCAGACACACACCCAGGCUGUGUGUGGUCAGAGGUCAUCCACGGUGCCGAACAUCACGCAGCCUCGCUCCAGGAUCGUGGGGGGCUCUCCCGCCGCUCCGGGCAGCUGGCCCUGGCUGGUCAACCUGCAGCUGGACGGGGCCAUGAUGUGUGGAGGCGUCCUGGUGGACAGCUCAUGGGUGGUCACUGCUGCACACUGUUUUCGAAGCAGCCGUGAUGAAAGUUCCUGGACUGCCGUUGUGGGCGAGUUCGACAUCACGAAGACUGACCCUGAUGAGCAGGUUCUCAAAGUGAACCGCAUCAUUUCCCACCCUAAGUUCAAUCCAAAGACACUGAACAACGACAUUGCGCUGGUGGAGCUGACGAACCCCGUGGUGAUGUCCGAACACGUCACCCCGGUGUGCCUCCCCUCCGGCUCCGAGCCCCCCGCCGGGAGCCCCUGCCUGGUGGCAGGCUGGGGGUCCCUCUACGAGGAAGGCCCAUUUGCUGACGCUGUGAUGGAGGCCAAGGUGCCUCUGUUAUCUCAGAGCACCUGUAAGAGCAUCUUCGGUAAAGAACUGGUUGUCAACACCAUGUUUUGUGCUGGAUAUCUCUCUGGGGGCAUUGACUCCUGUCAGGGAGACUCUGGCGGACCUCUGCUGUACCAGGACCGGGUUUCUGGCCGGUUCCAGCUCUACGGCAUCAUCUCGUGGGGAAACGGCUGUGGGGAGAAAGGAAAGCCCGGGGUCUACACACGAGUGUCCACUUUCUCCGACUGGAUUCAGGCCGAGAUACAAAAGUCGUUUGGAAGCCGGGAGCCAACAUGUCCGGAGCUGCUGAAGACCACCGAGAUGACAGAGGAGGACCAGAAGUCCGAGUUCAGUUCUCUGUGCCGCUUCUACACCCUGACCUGUCCUCCGACCCAGUCCUCCAGCGCCUGCAGGCUCAUGGCCGAGGAGAAAUGCCUCACCCGCUUCAAGAAAUGUCAGUUGCACUCGUUCCUGCAGACCCUGCUGGAUUUGCUCCAGAGGGCCGAAGACUACAUCAGGGACAAGGUGGACCUGACCUUCUUCACCCAGACUCUGCCUCAGCUGGUGGAGCACAUCUACAGUACAGCUUUCGCUCACAGCAGAGAGCGGCGGGACGUGGGCCUGAGUCAGCGUCUCACGCAGAUUAAAGAGCAGCUAGGCGGCGCUGUGGAGGCUUCUCCAGCUCUCCCCACCCUAUUCAGAGACGUGGGAGCCUCAGUGGAUGACUGGGAAAAAUACCUGAAGAAUAUUUCUGAUGAGAUGGAAAAGCAGCCCACAGAUGUCUCCUCCACACCAAAAACACAGGAGGACAACAUUUUCUUACAGGCACAAGACUCGUCUGUAGAGCAGCUGGAGGCAGAAUAUCGAUCUGUUAUCUCAGCUCUGCUUUCCAAGCUGGACUCCAGAGCUGCUCCUCCGAUCCUGCACUUGGAGCCCGUCUACCUCCAGGAGGACACUUCCAUCAGUCCAGGUCUUUCCGGCGGCCCAGCAGGCCAUGGCGAGCCGUCCCCGUCAUCGCAGCGGUCCAGGGAGCCCUGGUCUCUCCUCACAGCCCUGAUCAGUGAACUCCACACACUCAGGAUGGAGGAGGAGCCCAGUCCAGGAGCAGCUCCACAGACUGACCCCACAUCCAGCCUGGACGCUCCUCCUGAUGAAACGUGGAGCGACACAUCCAAGGAUUUUACCUUCAUUGAGGAAGGAGGCGGAACGGAGUCCAGAUCUUCACAAUUACCGCUGACAGUACAGUCGACUGCAGAGAGCGUUCACACAGAGACGGUCGAUCCGCAACAUGCUGAGAAACACAGAAGAUACAGGAGCCUUCUGCACAAGCGGCAGAUCCCUGCGGGGAAAAUUUGUCCUGGAGUGAAAGAGUCUUCACAGCAAGUCAGCCAGGUCAGAGACUCGUACAGCUGGAUCCUCAACGUCCCCAGUAGAAACCUGCAGAUGACUUUCCAAGAGGUUUUAGUUGAUCUGAGCUCCAAGAAUGAGCGGGGGCUGUACCAAGCAAGGGUCCGAGCCGUGGUGGGGGGCCGUCCUUUGACCUUUUACAGCCUGGUGGGCCUGGAGAACGAGUCGUUUUACCGCAGCGUGCCGAGGAUCAUCGCUUUGGCCCUGGAAGCGUUUAAGUCCUAACUGAGGAAGUCAGAACAGAGAUGAUGGCCGAGGGUCUCGUUACAAAGCUCUAAAGAAAUCUGUCUUGACAGAGAAACGCACACUCAAAGACACUACUUCUGCCAUCUCGUCUCAACAGUAUUUACUUUCUUUUUCGGGUUUGAGAGCCUGACGUUGACUGGAAAUGAAGGCAUGAAUGUACCAAUCCAAUCACUGACCAGCAGUCAGGCCACAGACGUUUGUGUGGUUUUCUAACUUAUGAAUCUGUAUAAAAUAAAUUAUUCCUAUGGUCUUUUACAAAGGUUGAGCCUGUUGUGAAGCACAGACUGUGUACAGUUUUCAUGGUUUUCUUGAUAUAUUUAUUUGU